AUGCUGAAUUUGGUGGGUUUUCUAGGCAAAAAUUGAAUUUUCUAUUCAUCUGGCACUGAUUUUUCCCGAUUUUUUCAGCGGCAAAUAGCUGUUUAUCGAUUUCCUUCCAAUUUUCUCCGUUGCAGGGAUCAGGACCAGCGGCUCCGGCGGCCGGCUCGGCGACUCCGAUCGCAAUUCGCCGUCUGCAAAAGGACUACGCGAAGCUGAUGACGGACCCGGUCGACGGGAUCCAGGCGCUCCCGAACGAGGACAACAUUCUCGAGUGGCACUACUGCCUCCGCGGCUCCACAGACACACCCUUCCACGGCGGAUACUACUGGGGAAAAGUGAUUUUCAAGGAGAACUUUCCCUGGUCGCCGCCCGCCAUCACAAUGAUCACGCCCAACGGACGGUACGGCUCCGAAUGCGAAAAAAACUGAAAUAUUUCGGGUCAGAGAUGGGCACCGUCUCUGACCCGAAAAAGUACUGGGGUCGUAGGGAAGCUCUAUAACAAAAAAGCAAAAAAAAGAAAGAUUGUCAUCUUCCCCGCCAAUUUCCAUUAUUGCAGUUUCGCGACGAACACUCGGCUGUGCCUCUCAAUUUCGGACUAUCACCCGGAGACGUGGAAUCCGGGAUGGACAGUAUCGGCGAUUCUCAUCGGCCUGCACUCUUUCAUGAACGAAAAUCAGCCGGCCGCCGGUGCCGUUUCGAUGACGCCACAGGAGCAGAGGAACUUUGCCGUCGCCAGCAAAGAGUUCAAUGUGAAAGUGCGUUUUUUUUGGCGAAAAACGCGAAAAAGUCGCAAAUUUCGUUCAAUUUCAGUACCGCGAAUUCCGUCGUUUCUUUCCGAAUUUGGUGAAAGAGUGGACGGGAGUGACUCCGACGCCCGACGAGCCGAACGUGGCGCCCGUCAUGCUUCCCGAACACGCGACGCCCAACGGAAUACAGGUUCGAGAUUUUCUAUAAAUUUCACAAUUGCCCUUUCGUUCAGGUGCCGACGCUUCCGCAACACUCUCGUGGCUACAUGGCCGCGUUCGGUGGCAUGGAGGAGAUGAUGAAUGCGUUCCGCGGAGCCUAUCCGCACGCCCCGCCCCCUCCGCCCAAUAUGGCUGUUCAACCGCCUGCUCUCGCCGGUUACGGUAGGUGAUUGCUGAAAACGGCGAAAAACGUGCGAUUUUUGCAGACAUGCCCCCGCUGCCGCCGCUUCUGCAGAUCCAGCCGGCCCAGAUGGUGCCGGUGCCAGUGGUCCCCGGGGCGCAGUUCCUUCCGCCGCCACCGCCGCCGCCCGUCCAACGAAUGCAGUUGCGCGCGCGCGGAGGGAACAUGCCGAACGGACAGCCGGUCGGCAACGAUCAGGACCGUCGCGUCCAACUUUUGCACCGUUUCGGAAUGGCCCGCGCGGCUCCUGCUGCUCCGGCUCCGGCUCAGGCUCCGGCUCCGGUGGUCGGAAGAGGCGCCCGACGCGCACGGCCUCCGCCGCAGGUCUGUGAGUUUCUUUUUCGUGCUUCUCUUUGUUCGUUUUGGCCUCAUAGCCCCUUGACCCUUGCAUUAUUGUGUACGCUUUUCGCUUUUCGCUUUUGGCCGCCUUCUCGCCUCUUCAUCGAAAGCGACUUCGAAAUAGACUUUGUCUCGAAAUGCAAGUGUUCUGAAAAAAUCCGAAGAUUUCCCCGCAAUAGUAUAUUAAUGUGACGCUUUGAUUAUCCGACUUUUCCCGGUAACAGGCGCAAACGCGCUCUAACGCAACAGUGCCAUUUCCGAACACUUGUAGAUAUUUCUAGUCAACGUCUCUUUCGAAGUCAAGUUUCAUUUACAUUAGAAACACUUUAAUUCCGAGACAAAGUCUAUUUCGAAGGCGCACCCUUCGCCUGUGCACUCGAUUUUCAAACGCGUCAGUCGAAAUGUGUUUUAAUUUUUGCAGAAUCGCGGACAACCGACACCGAAAAUGGCCCGAAAAGGCGACAACGCGGACAAUGCGAUAACGCUCGACUAG